AUUGAGGAGCUGAGCACGGAAGGGUGCAGUUGUGAAGGUGUUCACCUCUGAGAUAACCUAAGACAACUGAACGCUUAAGAGAAAAAUGUCUAUUAAGAAACUGUGGGUGAUACCAAAGGAAGGUUACUUAUUACUUCUUGACUUUGAUUCAGAUGAAGAAGAGCAGGCUCAUUCUGAAGUAAAGAGGCCAGCAUUUGGCAAACAUGAGAAUAUGCCGCCUCACGUAGAAGAAGAUGAAGAUAUAAGAGAUGAACAAGACAGUAUGUUGGAUAAAUCUGGAGAAAACGUAAGUUUCUCAGAGGAAUGGCAGCGUUUUGCACGUUUUGUAGAGACACCAAUGGAAAACUGGAAUUUGUUAAGUGGUGAACAGCAAGUUAGGAAUGCUUCAGAAUUGGACCUUAUGGAAGUACAGAAUCCAGUAACUCAUGAUGAUGGGAAUGCAAAUCCUGAAGAAGUAGUUGGAGAUACACGAAAGAAGAUCAACAACAAAUUGUGUGAGCAGAAGUUUGAUAUGGAUAUACAGAAAUUCAAUGAAGAGCAAGAAAAAUCAGUGAACAAUUAUCAAAAAGAACAAGAAGCAUUAAAACUGUCCGAAUGCAGUCAGAGACAGACCCUGGAAGCAAUUGAAGACAUGCAUGAGAAGUCCAUGGAGGGUUUGAUGAACAUGGAGACCAACAACUACGAUAUGCUUUUUGAUGUAGAUGGUGAAGAGACAUUAUGAAGCAUACUCUGAAGUACUCUUCUCCUUUCCCAUCUUCAGACUAAUGAAACAUACAUAUUUCUCCCUUGCUGGUACAUUGUAACCAAAUAAAAAAUUCACUAACAUUUUUGUCUCCUAUG